UUGGGUGGGAUGGAAGGACGGACGCCUCCUCUGCUUCAGCAAUCAGCAAUCAGCAGCAGCUGAAACCGGACCAGCACCGCAGGCCACGCUGGUAAAGAGAGAGACAGAAAAAACAUGACAUAUCCCAGGCUGCGACCCAGACCGUUCCAGGUACGUGGAUCGCCGGCUGCAUAUCUGCCUGCCCUCUUCAACUCCCCAAGAGCCAAUAACCAGCGCGGCGCGGCCCCUCUCGCCCCCAUAAUAAACAACCGCAACGCUCGCCACCCAUGGCUACCAUACCACCACCACAGCACAGGGACAGCAGCAGUGCCACCGCCACCACCAACACCAACCAUGGCCUCCACAGCGUCCCUGCAGCGCUUCCUGCCCGCCUCCCCGCACGCGUCGUCCCGGCGCCGCGCCGGCCGCGCCCGAGCGGCCGUCUCCAUCCCGUCGUCGUCCCCGCCGGCGACACGGGAUAAUGAGGUCCCCGCGGAGCGGCUGGAGCCGAGGGUCGAGGCGCGGGAGGGAGGGUACUGGUCCCUCAAGGAGAGGUACCGGACCGGGCUGAACCCGCACGAGAAGGUGAAGCUGGAGAAGGAGCCCAUGGCGCUGUUCAUGGACGGCGGCGUCAGGGACCUCGCCAAGAUCCCCAUGGAGGUGAUCGACGCCGCCAAGCUCACCAAGGACGACGUCGACGUCCGCCUCAAGUGGCUCGGCCUCUUCCACCGCCGCAAGCACCAGUACGGGCGCUUCAUGAUGCGGCUGAAGCUGCCCAACGGCGUGACGACGAGCGAGCAGACGCGGUACCUGGCGAGCGUGAUCGAGGCGUACGGCGCCGACGGGUGCGCGGACGUGACGACCCGGCAGAACUGGCAGAUCCGCGGGGUGACGCUCCCGGACGUCCCGGCCAUCCUGGACGGCCUCCGCGCCGUCGGCCUCACCAGCCUGCAGAGCGGCAUGGACAACGUGCGCAACCCCGUCGGCAACCCGCUCGCCGGCGUCGACCCCCACGAGAUCGUCGACACGCGCCCCUACACCAACCUGCUCUCCUCCUACAUCACAAGCAACUCCCAGGGGAACCCCGCCAUCACCAACCUGCCGAGGAAAUGGAACGUGUGCGUGAUCGGCUCGCACGACCUGUACGAGCACCCGCACAUCAACGACCUCGCCUACAUGCCGGCCGUCAAGGACGGCAAGUUCGGCUUCAACCUUCUGGUGGGCGGGUUCAUCAGCCCCAAGCGGUGGGCCGAGGCCCUGCCGCUCGACGCCUGGGUCGCCGGAGACGACGUCGUCCCCGCGUGCAAGGCCAUCCUCGAGGCGUACAGGGACCUCGGGUUCAGGGGCAACCGGCAGAAGACGCGCAUGAUGUGGCUCAUCGACGAACUCGGGAUGGAGGUGUUCCGGUCGGAGGUGGAGAAGCGGAUGCCCAACGGGGUGCUGGAGCGCGCCGCGGCGGAGGACCUCGUCGACAAGAAGUGGGAGCGGCGGGACUACCUCGGCGUGCACCCGCAGAAGCAGGAAGGCCUGUCGUACGUGGGCCUGCACGUGCCCGUGGGCCGGCUGCAGGCCGCGGACAUGUUCGAGCUGGCGCGCCUCGCCGACGAGUACGGCACGGGCGAGCUCCGGCUCACGGUGGAGCAGAACGUCGUGCUCCCCAACGUGAGCAACCGGAGGCUGGACGCGCUGCUCGCGGAGCCGCUGCUGCAGCGGCAGCGCCUCUCGCCGCAGCCGUCGCUGCUGCUCCGGGGCCUGGUGGCGUGCACGGGCAACCAGUUCUGCGGGCAGGCCAUCAUCGAGACCAAGGCGCGGGCGCUGCAGGUGGCGCGGGAGGUGGAGAAGCGCGUGGCCGUGCCGCGGCCGGUGCGCAUGCACUGGACCGGAUGCCCCAACAGCUGCGCCCAGGUGCAGGUGGCGGACAUCGGCUUCAUGGGCUGCCUCACCAAGGACCGCGACGGCAAGGUCGUCGAGGCCGCGGACAUCUUCGUGGGCGGCCGCGUCGGCAGCGACUCGCACCUGGCGGACGUCUACAGGAAGUCCGUGCCGUGCAAGGACCUGGUGCCCAUCGUGGCCGACCUUCUGGUGGAGCGGUUCGGGGCCGUGCCCAGGGAGAGGGAAGAGGAGGAUGAGGAGUAGGAGCAGUGGAGCACAGACUUCCCGGUGACCAUCCACGGUUUGUUGUAAAGUAGACGCGCUGCCUUCUUCCAUGGCACGAUUUGUUUUGGUAUUGUCGUAGCAACAAAAUGUCCCCUUAUUCACGUCACAGAGAAUAAGUAACACGCUUCACUGUCAAUCAUCCCUGCUUACUACCAAUUGGUGAUAGGUAAUGCCACUCUGGCUAUUGUCCAACUCCAAUCUCCAUUCUUCUCACGGUAAAAAGUGUAAUCUACAGCGCAACAGUGCUUUGCACGAUGAUAUGCAUGACUAGUCACAACCUUAGAACAUGAUGUGACUACCAUUUUCAACAUGUACAAUGUAAUGAAAAGUCACCACAGUUUUAA